AUGUUGACUGAUGAACAGAACGAGGCCGUCAACGCUUUCGUCAAGGGUGACUUCGUCACCUACAUCCGCGAACACAACCCUACUUAUAACGGAUUUGGGGGGAUCACCGACUGGGUGUCGGAGCGAAGAACAAACAUGUUCGCCGAGCAUGCUGCCUUCAAGACUCAUGACUCGGACGCCCCUAAUCUUGUCGACCGCAAGAUACGAAACUACUAUUAUCAUCUCCGCGACGCGGACCCCAAUGUCCCGCCCGAGCGGAAGUCGGCUAAGCGCAAAGCCCCAGGUCGCAAGGCCUCGGCCCGUAAGUCGCCCAAUCACAACCCAACCAAACCCCGAAAGCGAGGCCAACUCUACGACCUUCUCGUUCCUCGAACCACAGCCCUUGAGCUCUACGAGUGUGAUGUCAAGCAAGAGUUAGAGGAGGUGUCUGAUGAUGAGGGCGAGUCGUAUCGAGCGCGUCUGAAGAAAGGCUGGGAGGCCCUGUCGGCAGAUGCCCAUCUUAACUACGAGAACUGUCGCAGGCUGCUCGUUGAAAACAUGCGAUCGGGCUUGAACGAGCUUUGUCGGACUCCAUCCCUCGCUAAUAUGACAGCCCUUUCAGUGUUUGCUUAUCGCGACGCUCAGGGCGAGAUGAAGUUGGAUGUCUGUGACGGGCGGCUCGCCGACGAUAGCCCUCAAUUUGGUUCCCGUGACGACGAAAAGGGUGCGCUCAAGACACUCACCGAUUUGUAUAAGGCAUACGCCUGCAGAAGCAUUCCUGCCCUCCCGCCUCCCCAGCCUCCUUCUCCUGAGGAAAUCGCCAUCCCGUACAACGCUCUUGGCAUACCAAUCUACCCCGAAGUGGAUACGAUGCUGUUACCUCCAGAUGCGCUCAAGACCGUCACCGUUCGGUAUUUCGAAGUCCUGUGGGAGUACGCUCAUAACGUGGGCGAGCUUCCUUGGGACAAUCUCAAGCGAGAACCUGGCCAAUACUAUGACGUGGAGCGCUUCCACUACAUAAGCUUCGAUCGAUCUGCUUUGAUGAAUCCCUUAUCAUUAUACGCGCUUGUCAGUCAACUUCAAGCGUAUUGCGGUCCCAGUGCGGAAGAGCCCUUUGUGUUCACUCCUUCCCCUGGUCACGCCGGUCAGUGGGGAACUUCGAUCGCUAGUUCUGACUAUGGCGAAAGACCACAAGAAUCACGAGCGUCAGGAGCGGAAGGCGGAGCGACUGAUGCGCCGGCGCCAACGCCGACCACCGCUCAUCUUGGAGAUAACAGUACUGGAGCAUCCGAGCGGCAUACAUUGUCCAACUCAGGUGUAGACCGCUCACACCAAUCACCGGUGACCUCAACAGACGUUGUGGCGAGCCCGAUCGCUCAAGAGAGUCCUCUGCCCGAGCCUGACUGCGAAACUCCUGCGCCGCUCUCAAAGACAUGUUCCGGGGCAGCAACGUCUCCGUCCGAACUGGGCCUGCCCAUGCCUGACGUUGCAAGUGGGGGCGCAAUCACGGGCACGAAGCGCGGUAGCAAGCGGGCUAUCGAUGUACUGCCAAAGAUCGCUGAAGAAAGGCGGCAGCCCAAGCGUAGUCGCAAGGAUGGAGAGGAAGUCGGCAAACCGUCCGGCGAAGAAGGCCGUCCACAGCGCACCCUGCGGCCACGUAUUCCUGCGACGAAGACGAAUACCACUGCUUCAAAGGUCACAGCACCUCGUCCCAGAUCCAACAAGAAAGUGUUCGAAGGCUGGGAGUUCAAUAACAGCAUCUAUCAGGGGGCCAUCUUGCAUAGCGACUACGUAGCCUGCGGCGGGACCCGCUUACAGGAAGAAGACUUCGCGCUGGAACACUCUCGCGUCCAGAUUGCCGCAUGCGACUUGGCGGAGCGAGAUCCCGCUUGGUUCGCAAGGAGUAGUCUGUGGAAAUCUGCAAUCAAGUCCCGCCCGGAUAUGUAG